AUGACUUAUUUUAUGCUUUUUAUAGGGGUAUGCUUUGUAUUGGGGGGGCUGGCGGUUGCAUCUAAUCCCUCACCGUACUAUGGGGUGGUUGGGUUGGUGUUGGCAUCUGUUGUAGGGUGUGGGUGAUUGUUGAGUUUGGGGGUCUCUUUUGUGUCUUUAGUGUUAUUUAUGGUGUAUUUAGGGGGAAUGUUGGUGGUCUUUGUGUAUUCUGUGUCUUUGGCAGCGGAUCCGUAUCCAGAGGCUUGGGGGGAUUGGCGUGUUGUAGGGUAUAUUGUGGGGCUUGUUUUGGUGCUUGUUAUGGGGGUGGUUGUUGGGGGGGUUGUUGAAUGUUGAAAUUUUGGGGUGGUUACUGUGGAUAGUGGGGGUAUUCUUUCGGUCCGGUUGGAUUUUAGUGGUGUGGCUAUGUUUUAUUCGCGGGGGGUGGGAUUGUUUUUGAUGGCGGGGUGAGGUUUGUUGUUGACUUUGUUUGUAGUGUUGGAGCUUGUACGAGGGUUGUCUCGUGGAGCAAUUCGGGCAGUUUAG